AGGGUCACAUCGCUACAUGUCCGUCAAGCUCAGCACAUUCGAAGUAAAUGUGUACAGGGAUUUUUUUUUUCUUUCUUUCUUAAACAAGGUUCUAGACUGAACUUUUUGAUGGACUGUGUGGAUCAAAGUAACGCAAAUGCAGAAGCACCCUCCGUUAUCGACCGAUAUUAUACACGGUGGUACAGAGCAGAUAUGAAGGGUAAAGCAUGUGAGGAUCACUGCAUCUUGCAACAUUCAAACAGGUUGUGUGUUGUUACCUUAGCUGAGACCCACCCAAUCCUUCAGGAAGGACGCACUAUCAAGAGCAUCAAUUACCAGAUCAGUAAUGGCUGCAGUCGCUUGAAGAAUAAAGUGUCGGGAAAGUCUAAACGGGGGGCACAGUUUGUUACAGACUUUGCACCGUUGUGCAGAAUAACAUGCUCAGAUGAGACAGAGUACACAAUAUAUAGUUGCAUAAGGGGACGGCUUCUGGAGGUUAAUGAGAACAUUUUGGAAACGCCAAACCUCUUGAUAGAAAAGCCGUCCACAGAAGGAUACAUCGCCGUCAUCCUUCCAAAGUUUGAGGAAAGCAAGAGCAUCACCGAACACCUCUUGACGAGAGAAGAGUUUGAGGGCGUCGUCUCCAAACGCAGUGUGUCACAACCCUCCUCAUAGGGCAUCUAAGACUAACAUUUUCUGGGAGAGAUUUUUUCUUUAAGUAUGUUUCCCACCUUCAUUCUCCCAGUUGGUUCAAGACAAAGACUGAGAAAAUGGACUGAAUCCACCUCCUGAGGAGAAGCUUUUGCUAAAGAAGCACUUUGCCUUCAGUUUUUCUCCCAAUUACAAAGACUCCAGAGUUUUUUUGUUUUAUUUCCCAAGCUUCAGAAAGCUCUAAUUUAGAAUGUUAUAUUAUUAUAAAAGAAGAAAAAAUGAAGUAUUUUUUUGUGAAGUACUAAACAUUAUUUGCAGAUGACAAAAAUUUCUUUGAUAAGAAAAAAAUCAAACUGAGAUUUAUGAAAAAUAUUUUUAUUUAUUUUCUCAACCUUUUAUCAACCUUUCAGUCAUCAAAAAUUAGAUGGUCCAAAACUAGAUGUAUUUUUAAACCUAUUUUGAAUCUUUGAUAGCUUUUCUCACAAGAUACAUACAAUAAUUCCCUAAAGCUUAGUUUGCUUUAUAGAUUUCAGUCAUUAUCUCCUGCUCACCCAGUGUCAAAGUUACUAUCUUUAGCUCCAUAGUAUAUCAUACGCUCUAUGUACCACAAUUUACAUCUCAUCAUACCCUUUAAUUCAUAGUGGCAUGUUUGGAUGCUUCACACUGAAUAACAAGUACAUUUAAAGGUUCUGUUUGAACAGCAGAUGAUUUGGUUUUACUCGGCAUGCUUUAAAAUAAGAUUCUGAUUUGUCAGCAGCAGGAAUGCACAACUGCAUUUUUUUUGUCAUUCUGAUGUAAAAAAAAUCUGCUUAUGAUGCUGAAAAAGUGUUUCAGUCAUUUCGCAUGAAAACUCCCCCUCCCCCCACAUUAACAUGGCACAUAGUAAAUGUUCUAUAGUAAAAUGCUAUGGCAAAUAUA